UCUCUUUCAUCACCAUACCGACCUGCUAGUGCCCGCACAUAUCUAAACACGCGGUGAGACAAACCGGCAAACGCCAGAGGAAGCAUUUUCCUUCCUGCCUGGUAGGCUGAAGCAUAAGCAUUUGUAAAACAAAACUAGAUGGCUACCAAGGGUGAAAGCGUUCACAACUAUUCAUUUAUGUUCCCGUUUGAAAAAGACUGGAACGAAUCGGUGUUUAACAAGUACAUGGUAGAACGAUGGACAGACAGCUUCGUCUACGCUGCAAUCUAUGUUGUUAUAGUGUUUGGUGGUCAGGUGUACAUGAGAACACGACCGCGGUAUGAUCUUAGACCUGCUUUGGCAAUCUGGAGUGGUGUUCUAGGUAUCUUCAGUAUUAUGGGCACUAUUCGCACCGUACCAGAACUUCUGACUGCCAUAAACAAGUAUGGACUCCAGUAUUCUGUUUGCGUCCCUACAUACUUCCAAGGUGUGCCUGGUUUUUGGUCCUUCAUGUUCACUGUGUCGAAGGUCUACGAGCUCGGCGACACCGUCUUCAUCAUUCUCCGCAAACAGCCUCUCAUUUUUCUCCACUGGUACCACCAUGUGACUGUUCUGCUUUAUGUGUGGUACAGCUACCCUGAUCAUACUGCUCCAGGCCGUUGGUUUAUGGUGAUGAAUUAUCUUGUCCAUUCCAUUAUGUAUUCGUACUAUGCUCUUCGAGCCAUGCGGUUUAACAUCCCCAAAGCUGUCAACAUCUUGGUUACAAGUUUACAACUGGCACAGAUGAUCAUUGGCGUUCUUAUCAACAUCUGGAUUUAUCAGAUCAAGGGGCGUGGGGAGUUCUGCCAACAGAGCUAUGACAAUCUUCGGUAUUCGUCAAUCAUGUACUUCUCUUAUUUCAUUCUCUUUGCUCAUUUCUUUUACACUACAUAUGUAAUAGAAAAGCCUAAAGGGGAGGGGAAGAAACAAGACUAAUGGAGUUGUAGAAAUAUUAAGAAUUCUGUUCAGUAAAUCAAGAAAUAAUUGUUAAACUUUUUAUUCAUAUAGUAUAGUUCACAUACCCAUUUAUCACUCAACAUAAAUUAUUUGUAAGACUUGUACAUGCUAACACUAUUAGGCUCACAAAAAGUUGCAGACAUUUCUUUCUGAUCAGUAAUAUUAGUAUUGUGCAUUUUGUAGCUUUGACACAAAGUUAAAUUCUUGCCAUUGAGCAGCCAAGCCUUUCGUACUACCCAUAUUUUGUUGAUAAGCAUCAUAAAAAUGUGUGAUGUGUUUUCUCAAGGACUUCUCUCAUAUUGUAGUUUUCAGUAACUGGUAAUUAAAAUGCUUAAGAUUGGAUUUUGCUGAGAUUGUUGGCAUAGACAAUUUAGUUGUGCUGAGAACAAAUAUUGUUUGGGAUUAUGCCAGAAGCAUUUUUUAGUAGUUUAGAAGCAACAGCUAAAUAAGCUUCUAAGUGUCUUUAUCUUAUUUUUGAAAUGCUGCAACAGUUUUAUAAUAAUGUAUCAUACUGAUGCCAGACCACCACUUCUAGAGAGUUUAAUUACAUGGUACUCUGCAGUUUUCUAUUUUUCUUUGUCGAAGAGAAGUUUCUUCUAAUCAUGUUUUGUCUGAGAAAAUUCAUUGAUGUUUUGCAUUUGUUUAGUGUUGAUUUGCUAAACAUCUAGCUUAUCAGCUUCCUAUUAAAAUAUUUUGACCUUAAGAUAGAAGUGGUCAAAAAUGUUUGAUGCAUCCUAAUCAUAGACCUUUGAAUAAAAUAUGGUGCCGGGAUUGCACUUUUUGGUGUUAAAUUACUUUCAAUUCUGUUAAUUCAUAGGAAACAUCAAUGGUGUAAAAAUUCUGAUUAAAAUUUAUAGCUUACAAUGAACUGAUUUUGUUAGACUUUUUGAUCUAGUAUUGCAGACAAAAAGUACUGCUUAUGUAUUGUAUACACAUUUAAAUUCUUUAUUUUAUGUAGUUUUUAUUACAGAAAAAUUGUUGUACUUGUUUGCUGGAAUUAAGAAAUAUGUCAUAAAAAUUGUAAGGAGGGGGGAGUUAAAAAACAGAAAUUAAGUUAGAUUUUUCCCAUUUAUGAUAAUACUUAAAUACUACUAUAGUGUAAUGGCCAAAGACAGCUCAUAUACUAUAACUUGAAGCUUUGUGCAUUUCAUUGUACCUUAAGAAGGUGUAUAAAACUCUGCGAAGGUAGAACUGUACUGGCAUAUAUAUAUAUGCAUUGUUGCCUUUUAACAUUUUUUUUUUCCUUCUUGUUUGCUGUCCCAUGGUUGUGGUCUUUUAUUUGCCCGAUUCUUUUUUUUAAUAUACGUAAAGUGUAAUUUUUGUCAUUUCUCAGCGUUUGUCCCUUACUGUUCUAAAGAUAGCUUUCAAACUAUCAUUAGAGCCGUGAGUUAACCAACUGUUGAAAUCCUAACAUAUUUAAUAAAACUCUUUGUUAAAAAAAAGAGUUAAAAAAAUUAUAUUGCCUGUAGAGAGUGUGAUUAGAUUGCUUUGCUACAUGCUAUGUUGAUAUUCAAAUUAUGCUUUCUCUUUGAUCACACCGUUUUAUUUUUUGUAAAAGUAAUUUUUAUUUUUGUAAAUUCUAGAACUCUGUAAACUCCUCAGAAAAUGGAAAUCCUGUCUAAGACAAUGAAUUAAAAGGAAAGCAAUACAAACAUGUAUUAAAGGAUAUAAUUUGUCAUAAACAUGAUUUUUUAAAAACUCAUAAAUAAGUGUAAAUAACUUGUACAGGAUAAAGUAAUAACAUGAUAAACAUAUCAAUCUCUUUUUGAACAAUGAAUGCCAUAGGAAGAAAUAAAUGAAACCAACUCUAGAAAUCAUAUUAUAAACGAAAGCUUCAUCGUUUCGUUUGAAUAAUCAGUUGUUGAAAAGCAUUAAUGGUAUGAUGUACAUCAUGUCUUUAUGAAAAUGUACUUAUACAUAGAUUUAAGUCAAGUAAAUUGUUCUUGCAGCAUCUUCAAUCCACUUUGAGAUGCUGUCUUCUAGAAAAAUGAAAGCUUGACCAGUGGAAAACUUUUAAUUGGGUAUUUUUCACAUCGCCAUUGAAUACAAAAAAUAGUACAUGAUUAUAUACAGUGUUCUUAACAGUUUUAAAGUUUCUUGCUCAACCACUGACUAUAGGUGGUUUUUGGCAAUGCAAGUUCAACCAACUAGAGUUAUUCAUUGUCACCUCAAGGAGUAAAAAUUAAUAGUGUCUGAUCAUUCUUAUAAGAUUUGAGUCACCCAUGAAGGAGGGCCAACCCCUUUCCCCUCCUUCCCCAAAAUAAUACUCUUUUCUGUCAGUAAUGAGGUGGGCUAGAUUAUCAAUGAAAAAGAUGAAUAAUAUCCUGAAACAUUUCAUGUAUGUUUUAAAAAGGAACCACCACUAAGCCGGCAGCUUCUCAUCCAAUACCUCUGAAAGUCAGUAACAGGAAGUUGUUUUAGUCCAAGUGAUAGAAAUGUGCUAAAUUUUCUCAUAUCAUGUAUUGGCACAGCUUUCAUAUGGUUUUCAACUUUACACUUUGGAAGGGCUCAGGUUAGGCCUGAAAGCACUAUUUAUUUAUAGACAUAUCAUGUGUGGUCUCAAUUGGCACAAAAAGUGUGAUAAGUUAUCCAGAACACAUCACCAUGGUAUAAAAAGUGGAAGCAAUUUGACAUCUUGUUUUUCAAGAGUGUGGAAGAGAGGAUGAGAGAUUCACGUAAGACAGAGAGGUUUAAAGACAGGCAAAUGUCUGGUUUUGUCUUCUUUUAUAAAAUAGAGCUGUGUAAUUGUUUUGCCUGCUGUGUGAGAACUUCAGCUUAAUUUACUCCUAGUGUCUGCUGUUUAGUCCUUUGAAUUCCCUUCAGUUACUAUAUUGCUGAGAAAACAAAAAGACAUUGUGGAUUUUGCAUGUAUUUCAAUAACAAAAUUACAAAAAAACUUUGCUAUUAGUCUGUUUACCCCACUCCUAGAAAACUAGUGCUGUAUCUGUGGAGUUCAGAACAGCUUCUGUUUUGUGAAUCAUUUUCUUGGACUUCUGUUUACAUCCAGGCUUUUGUCAGAAAAGAAUGAGGAAGAUGGAAAGUCUUUAAUGUAGCAUCAAGGUGCCCCAAAGUAUACUGACCUGUUACCUUUUGAGUGGUGUGCUUUAGCCUACUUUGUGUACAUGUAUUACAAAGUAUUGCUGUCACUUUUGAAAGCUGUGAACAUGCAUAUAAAUUACUUAAUGUAUUUCUUCUGUCAUAUUAUAAUCUCUACACUUGGCAUAAUACUUGGUAUGGUUGAAGCUUGCUAAAAAGUUGUCUGUUAAGCUUCUUAGUGUGUGAUGACCUAAAAAGGCUGCUAUGGUGAUGCAUGAGACCGGUGAGAUCACAACGUAAGGUGGCCAAUUUCAGGGAACAGUCCCAGUGGGGGCAUUUUUUUUUUAAAUAGUACAUAUUAUAUAGACUACUAUUGUGUGCUCUUUGAUAAUCAUGUUGGAAACUGUUUAUAGUUCAGGUGUAUUGUACUUUUCAUCUAACACUCCUGCAGUUUGACUAUUUGAGUGUUUCAUUUUUACUUCUUGGCUGCUUUGGUUUUUUUUUUUAAAAAAAAUGGAGUAUCUAUAUCCACAUGUGCAUUCACAUGCACAUAUACCUAUAAUACCUAUACAGUGUCACUGUUGCUGCAAGCUUUACUUAUUUUGUAUCUUUUCAUGAAGACAUUGACUCAAUCAUUUAUUGUCAACCUAACUUUUUUUUAGUGCCUAUAGAUGAAAUAGACUAGUUUUCAGUAUUAAACUGUAAAAAUCCAGGAAGCAGCAGUGAGAGUUUACUUUUUCAUCAUAAUGUUUAUAUUUUUGGAACCAAAUACCAUGCUUUUUGAAGCUGGUUGCUGCGGUUUAGAUUUGUGAAAGCACUAGAAGAUGAGAAAGGUAUUAGCUUUGGAUAGUAUCUCCAGAAGUAGGAUGAGUGUUAAUAGAUUAAUAAACAGUUGAUACUGUUGAUAAGGUUAUGCUAAUGAUAAGAAAUACAAUGUUUAACAAGGAAGGAAAGUGUUUGUAGUUUGAAAUUUAGAAAAAGCAUGAAAUCUUAUGACUAACAGUGAGACAGAAAUGAUGGUCAUAUCAGGAUGGGGGUCAUGUUCUGCUGGUACUUAGUGAGUUUCUUCCCUCUUUUCUUUUACUGCUGACUAUGCUUUUUAACUUUCGAAUUCACAAACUACAAAACGAGUAACUGAUCAGCAUAUCAUCUAGAUAUCAACCAGCACCCUGGAUAUCAGUGUUUAACUAAUUUCGACCCUCCAGUGCAUGCAUGUAUGUUCUUUCUCUGCAUGUGGCAUCUAUUUAUGAGGCUGAUAAUAAUAUAGUCUUAGUUGCCGGUUUAGCACAAAACACCAAUCCCUACCCCAGUGUAUGCAUCCCUUUUGUGCUUGCAAGCAGUUCUGACCUAUUUCAAAAAGUAGAUAAGGCAGAAGCCACUUUUGAUGAUUUAGACUAUGAAAUAUGGGCUAGGGCUUCAGGCUUGUGAGGUGGAAGGGGACUUGUUAAAAUGGGUUAUUGAGAGAUAUUUUUUGUAGUUUAACAUAUACUUUUGGUGGCAAAUACUUUAAAUAGUUUAUUUUUAUCCUUGUUGGUCUUUUAAAGUUUGACUUCAAUAUCACUUUUAACAGAUUAUUCAAUUUUAUUCCAUAAAAAAUGUAAUUUAUGCUUAUGUCAGUUCCAAAUUUUGUCCUCUUUUAGAAGACAGUAGGUUAUAGGUACUAAAUAUUUGUGUUUUAUUAGAAUAAAUUAUUGAUGGGAAAAUCCUAAUAAAAUGGGAUCAACUUGUGCAUGCAUACGACAGAUCUACCCCCACUUGAAGUGUUUAGUAAAUCUUCUUAAUACUAAAAAAUAAUUUAGUAAUAGAUUUUAUAAAUACUUUGAUGUGCAUUGAGUUUUAUUGCUUACCUGAUUAACCAACAUGAAUGGCUGUCAAUGACCUGUUUUGUGCUAACAACAUAUAAGAAUGUUUAAAAAAAAGCUAAAUCAAAAAAAAAAAAAUCUUUAAGGGCCACUACAGUGUCUUUCAGAGAUUCUUUCUCUCACUCAAGUACACUCACUGUUACCAGUUAUAAAAAAUACUGUUGAAAGUAAGUGUGUAUUAUAUGGACUGUUUACAAUAUUGCCUAGUAAAGUGUAUACAUGUGUUUGAAAUGUAUGGUCUAUGUGUUAUGAACCAUUUGUGCAAACUGUGAGUUCGUCAGAUUUAGUGAGUCCAUCUCUUAUAAAAAGUAAUUUGCAAAUUGAAAAAAAUGUACGUAAGAAGGAUGCAUUACUUGGUGGGUUGUUAUCUUAUCCAUGAAGCAGAUAUUUUCAGUCUUUUCUUAAUUGCACUGGUAAAAGAUAAAACUUCUGUGUUAUUUCUCAGUCCUCUUUGGUAUUUGGCUCAUUUUCUUUCAAGGUUCAUAACUUGGCUUCAUAUAUAUAUAUGCACAACUCUGUAUCACAUUGUAUUAUGUUGUUUUGUGAAACAUGAUUGAUGUGUGUUUGAGCAGUAGGCAGUUUCCCUGCUUUUUUUGCAUAGGCUUUAGUGAAACAAUGUACCAUAGCAUUCAUGCAGUUUUGAAAGUCUGGAAAAGUGUUAACAUUUUAGGAGGGCAGCGUAAGAGCAGUUUCUACAAAGGAAAAAUGAAAGUGCAUCACCCAGAGAAGUGUCUAUCAAAAUGAACUCUGCCAUAAUCUAGACAUCUAGAUACCGAAGACAAUAGAUAUGGUAGACUGAGUAUUGGCCAGUUUUGGGACUAUCAGCAAUCUUGGAGACCCUGUUGUGAUCUUAUGAUGUAGUAGAAGUAGUAUAGAGGCUAACAGUCAUUGCAAAGGCCUCCAGCCUAUUCACUGUUCCUUCUGUAGUUAGAAUUUAAUCUGUGUCUGAAGUCACCAUGCAUGUAUAAUCAUUAUCAAAGUCAUAAAAAAUCUAUAAAUUUUGGAAUGUUACCUAGAGAGUUCUGGAAGCUAUUCAAAUUUGGUUCAAAUUUAAUCUUAGUCAGAAGUUUGUUCUGAUUUGCAACAACUCUUUGUGAAAAAUAAAAUUUGUGUUUAGUGGUA